AUGCAGCGCCCACCAGGGAACCUGAUAGAGCUGGAGGGGCGGCUGUACCAGGUGACUAAGCAUCAGCACACACAUGGCCAUGGCCGCCAGCUUGGCAAUGUGCAGCUGGAGUUACGGGACGUGCAGUCGCGGACGAAGCUGCAUGAACGCCGUCGGCCGUCGGACCUGGUGGAGGUUGUGCGCCUAAACGGGCGCGCAUACCAAUUCCUCUACAAGGACGAAGAGGGCCUGCUGCAGCUGAUGGACCCAACCAGCUUUGAGCAGAUAGCGGUGUACCCGGAGCUGUUCGGGGAUUCGGCGGCGUUCCUGGCGCCCGGCACAGAACUGUCCAUCAACUACACCGACGACGGCCAGCCAGUCAGCGGGGAGAUGCCUGCGACGGUGGAGCUGAAGGUGGUGGAAGCAGACCCCUACGCGCGUGGGGACUCCGCCACGUCAUCCUACAAGCAGUGCCGCCUGGAGGGGGGCGCCAAAAUAGGGGUCCCCCCCUUCGUCCAAACCGGGGACACUGUCAUCGUGGACACGGCGGAGGGAGCGUUCGUGAAACGUGCAAACGCCUCUUGA